AUGAGUGCAGGUGCAGCAGGUGCAAUUGCUGCAAUAGCGUCAAAGUUUGCAUUUGGGGAGUAUUCCAUUGAUAAGCAAUAUGAGAAGUUUGUCCUCUCUCUGCUGGUUUUUGUGGUGAGCAAUAUCUUGAUGUGGUGGGCAUAUACGAAAUCUCUAGCACAAGCUGACUCCACACUCCAAUGUAUGGCUGUAAAUACAGGAACAAAUUUUGCUUUAACUGGUGUUCUCGGCUACAUUUUCUUUUCGGAAUCUCACUCGAUAUUUUGGUGUUUUGGUUUGAGUUUGGUGUUUGUGGGUGUUUGUUUAUUAGCUAAUGUUGAUAAGGAGAAGACUGAUUAG